AGCAAAGGUAGUUUUAAAGUUUUUUAUUAUGAUGGAAAGCCUUGACGUCACAGAAAAUAACAACGAUCUAGAAGGUCUUCCGUUAGAAGAAUUCGAUUUUGAGAAAUUUGCGGACGAGACUGAAGGAAAUAACGACAAGCUAGAAGAUACAUCAGAAAAUGAUCUAUAUUUGGACGACGACUAUAAAGAACAUGAUCUCGCAAUAGAGGGAUUCACGGGUGAGGAUACUUCAGAGAAUACGACGGGAAAAUUAGGUACGGGGAUGAGAUUGACAAAGAAAUGGGGCAUGUUCCCGAAGAAGAAAGGAACAAUGAAGAUAUUUCAGGCAAGAAUUAGGCAAAUUGUAUUAGUUUUCUUUGGCAUAAAAUCGGUACAAAUGCUCAAAGAUCUUUUUCAUUUGAUAGUCAUUCCUACACAGGAUCCUUUGAAGGAUAACAAUAUAUCUAGAAAUGAUAUUAGCAAAGAUUUGGAAUUACCUAAAGAAAAUGACAACAAUAUAAUGGAUAAAACAAAAAAAAAUGAUAUUUCAAGAAACGACGAUCAAAAAAUGGAGUCUAAGCAGGAUGAUGUGUUAGAAUAUCACGACGAAGAAAACGAACAAGGUCUUGAUUAUUUGGAGGAAAAUCACGAAGAUAUGUUGGGAUUACAAGAAAAUGUUCAAGUUGUCCUCACGCAAGAGGAUAUGCUAAGUGAUGAUGAUAUCCUCGACACAAAUGAUAAUGAACCCGAAAUUUCAGAUAGGGAGGUUGUUGGAAUGACUUCUGACAUUCCCGUUAAAAAAACUUAUUCGCGGAAGGAGAAGAUUGAUCAGGAUAUGGAUGUUGAAGAUAAUGACUCAAUUUUCGAAGAACUCGAUUAUUCGGAUUAUAAUAAAAAUGAAAUUGGAUCGAGAAAUGAAUCAGGGAUUCAAACUGAAGCCGAAGAAGAUGUGAAUUUUAACGUGAAUGAGGAUGAACAAAAUCCAAUAGAAAAAAUAAAUGAUGAAAACCGAUUCGAUCUCAAUGACAAAGAAGCCGGUGUUGUGGGGAAAAACAAAUCUAAUGUUGUUCUCUCUCAGGAAGAUAUGCUGGAGGAUGAAUUUCUGGAGGGCAUGUUGGAUGAUGAGGAAUUUCUUAAUAAUAUUGACAAAAACGGAGACAAGCCGGAUGAUGGUUUUUCAGAUAACAAUUUUGACAAUGAAACAGCAGGAAACGAGAAACAACAUGUUGACUUAUCAUCACAGGAUAUGCUGGAAGAAACUAAAAUUCCUGAGCAAGAUAAUUAUAUCAGAGAAGCAGAAAAGAAGAGGUACAGACCAUAUGAUGAUUUUACUAAACCUCAGGCUACAUUCCAACCGGGUUCCACGCCUAUGAAAAAUCAUCGUCAAUAUUUGGCUAUGAAUAGCGUUGGAAGUAUUUCCACCAUGGAACAUGAAACAUUCUCAACCAUCACUGUGGAAUACCAUGAUCAGUCUCACAAUCGAGGUUACAACCUUCGUGAUGAUUUUAACUAUUCUAUGGCCUGUCUAGAUGCCAAUGGAGCUCUGUUUGCCACCGAGUCUGUUAAGGUGAACGCCGUGGAUACUAACCCUAGCAUUUUAUUCUACAAACCACGAGAAACAUGGGCUUCAAAGGGUGAGUGGAUGCUGACACUUCCGCAUGAUGAGGAUAUAAUAGCUAUUGCAUUAGGUUCUGAAGGAAUAAUUGCAUCAACCUCAAAGGAUGUCCUACGGUUUUUCUCUCUCUGUGGUGUUCAGACAUAUAUCUUCAAUCUAUCAUCAGUGGUUUCCAUGGUGGCUCGAAAUGAAUUUGCUUUAAUUGUUUAUAAUAUGGGAAUUGGUUAUAAAGGAUCCCAGAGUCUUGGAUAUAUAUUAUAUGAUUUUCGAAGCCGGGAAAUUCUGCAAAGGGAUCGAAUGCCAAUUUCAAAAGACUCGAUCUUGCAAUGGAUAGGUUUUUCUGAGGAAGGGAUGCCCGCAAUGUUUGAUUCCAAAGGAGUACUCAGUGUACUUCACCAUUAUCGCACAAAUAAUCAAGGUAGAUGGAUACCCAUACUCGAUACUAGUCUUAAUCGAAAAGAGGAAGAAAAGGAAUGGCUAUAUUGGCCUGUGUGGCUUAAUGAAAACAAAUUGAUAUGUUUUAUUUGCAAGAACGGAGAACAACAUCCCAGCAUACCUCGACCUAGUUUCGAUGAGGUUAAUUUGCAAAUUCCAUUGUUGAACUUGGACAAGAAAGAUGGCCAAUACGAAGAAAAGGUUAUGCGAAUGUCUGUUAUCACGAGAUUUGAAUUUGAUGAGGCGAAGGCAAGAAAUUCACUGGAAUGGGAACGCGAGAAAAUCAAGCAGAAGAACAAGGAAAUAAACGAUACUCUAUUGGAACUGAUAAUGUUAUCCUGUCAAGAAGAAAAACUUCAACGUGCAUUGGAUUUGGCGAAAAUGUUAAGUACAACGAAGUCUUUGGAUAAAGCAAUUAAAAUCGCAAAUUUCAAGAAACUUCCAAUACUAGCCGAGAAAAUCAAUCAAAUCAAGUCGAACAAAAUAACAGAAAUGCACAAAGCACAGAUGAUGAUGUCGCCUUCUCCAUUCCGAACACAAAAUCAAACUUUAAAUCACACAAGAAACACACAUUCGUCACCUUUAAAUACGUCGUCUUAUCGCCAAAAUCUUUCUAAUGCACUGGAUACAUUGGGCGGUUAUGAUUCAUUAACAUUUGGAAGCGAAGGAGACAAUGAGUUGAUGAUUAGUACCUCCAGUACUUCGAGUAGUCAUGAUAUUCAAACCGGCUCGAAACGGCGCGCACAAGAAAUUGAACAUGAUGAUCUAUAUUAUGAUGAAUCAUCGAAAGUCAAAAAAACCAACCAAAUUGGAACCAAGAAAAAUCCGUUUCUCCAAAAACCUAAUAAUCCCAUCAUAAACCCUUUCGCCGUUUCAAAUGAAUCAAAUGCUGAUGAGGAACCGGAAACGAAAAAAGCGAAGACAAUCAAAGAAAAUAAAAAGGUAGCACCAAAAAGGCAAGCAAAAUUAGGCGAGCAUUUUGGCGGUGUUACGAAAGAAACAAGUGAUGGUCAAGACAAAGAACAAGAAACAGAAUCGAUAAAUUCAAUGACAGAGCCAGGACCUGGAACGUACAACACAGAGGUCAAUGAGGAAAGAAUAGAAGUUGAUAUUACUGUGGGUGAAAAACAAAGUGAAGUUAUUGUCGAAGAGCAAGAGGAGACAGAUAUUGCGGUGCUUGAGACUAAUGUUAUAGAUAAGGACAUUGAAGAAUUUAACGAAUUUGAAGGCGAUCCCACGGAAUCGCAAUAUCUCAUGGACUUUGAUCUUGAACAAAAUCCCAUGGAUCUUGAACAAAUUCCGGCCGAUUAUGAACAAGAUCCUUCAGCUGUUCCGGAAGAAGCAUGA